AGCUACUCUAAAGCUUCAAAGAAGAAGAAUCGGCAGCGGUCACUUCCUGUCAUGCGCAGAAGUGAGCAGAAACAACCAUGGCGACGGCGGCGGAGAAGUCAACGAAGGAGCGCCUGCUGUGUGUGCUAGAGGAUCUGGAGGUUUUAUCUCGGGAGCUGAUCGAGAUGUUGGCUCUGUCCAGGAGCCAGAAACUACCACAGCCCGGAGAGGACACACAGAUUCUGGAGCUGCUGGUGCAGAGGGACCGGGAGUUCCAGGAGCUGAUGGAGGUGGCUCAGCAGCAGGGGAAGGUUCAUCAGGAGAUGCAGCUUCUGGAGAAGGAGGUGGAGAAGAGAGACAACGACAUCCAACAGCUCCAGAAGCAGCUGAAGGAGGCCGAACACAUCCUGGCCACGGCUGUUUAUCAGGCGAAGGAGAAACUCAAAUCCAUUGACAAAGCCAGGAAAGGAAGCAUCUCCUCAGAGGAGAUCAUCAAGUACGCUCACAGGAUCAGUGCUAGUAACGCUGUGUGUGCGCCUCUCAACUGGCUCCCAGGUGAUCCUCGCAGACCCUACCCCACUGACCUGGAGAUGCGUAGUGGGAUGCUGGGUCACAUGGCCAACCUGCCAACCAACGGCGUCAAUGGACAUCUGCCAGGUGAUGCACUGGCUGCUGGGAGGUUACCAGACGUGUUGACGCCUCACUACCCCUGGCAGUCCUCUGACGUCUCCGCAGGGAUGCUGCCUCCGCACCACGGCAACGACUUCGGCCUUGAGCCCCCAGGUCACAACAAGGAGAACGAGGACGAUGUGGAGGCUAUGUCGACAGAUUCGUCCAGCAGCAGCAGUGACUCUGACUGAACUACACUAGUAAAGACUGUGUGUGUGUGUGUGUGUGUGUGUGUGUGUGAGAGAGAGAGAGACCACGGUCAUUUACAGUGAAGCUGAUACAUGAGGGAGCACAGACGGCCGUUGUGUAGUUUUUCCACAGUGUACAAGUUGACUUAAAGGAAUAGUUCACACUCAAAGUAAAACUCAGUCCUCCUCGCCUCCCCCUGAUGAGAUAAAGUCAGGUGAAGUGUUGUCGUCCACAGAACAGUUCUGGAGCUUCACAGUAAAACAGAGCUGCAGCGUUCUGCUGAACAACUGAAGCAGCUGAGACCUGAUUUAAAACAGAGAAACAACCACAGAAACAUCAGAUGUCUCCAUCAGCUCGUCUGCUGUGAUCACAGUGUGCAGGAGAGAACACAUCACAACCUGAUCUCAGACCAGAUUUACACCUUUAUUAACAUGAAGUCUUCACUGUAUCAGUGUUAAUUUAGGUUCUCCUCUUCUGCAGACUGAGAUUGCAGCAGACGAGCUGUAUGGAGCCAUAUCAUGUGACUUUAGUUGUUUCUUUCGUUCAAAAGAGGUUUAAAGUAAACUUUAGUUUCAGUACGUUUGCUCCUCCUGAGGAACUCCGGUUCCUCUGACAUUCAGAUUUCUUCAUUGAAUUUAUAUUGCAAAGAAGGUCACGUUUGGACAGCUGGCAGUUUCAGCCUCAUGAGUGGUUCUGUGGCUCUCACGAGACUGACGAGGAGAAACCGACUCAGUGUUCAGAGAAGACUUCCUGAUGGAGGGACGAGUGCAGGACAGUGUCACUGUUUCAGGGCUUCACUAACAUGAGGGCCUGCUCUGAGACUGGGAUGCAUCAAUUUUUGAAGGAAUAGUUUGACAUUGUAGGAAAUAAAUAUUUUCACUGUCUUGCUGGGAGUUCGAUGAGAAUAAUGAUACCACUGUCCUAUCUGUCCAUGAAAUGUUAGACCUCUGUCGGCAGCUGUGAGCUUAGAUUAAAGACAGGAAGUGAAUGAGAGUGGUUGUACUGUCAUCUAUCUCUGGGAAAGAAAGAGAAUAAGAGUGUUUUAAUGUUGAACUGUUCCUUUAACUGUGUGUUUACAUCAGUGUGAGGAGUGAAGUUAGACCACUAACAGAUGAACAUUAACAUGAAGAUGAUUUAUGGUAAAUAUCGUUGUGUAAACAAAGACUGGAAUUUAAAGAGAAACUAAACUAGAAUCUGAUGAAAGUCACUUCUUCUGUCUCUCUGGUCUCAUGUUUGAAGUUACGUGUGUGACUUCCUGUUUCAUGUGUGUCACUGUUCAGCUGUAGUGAGAAGGACAGAUGCUGUUCAUUUAGCUCUGUGUACAUAUGCUUGUACAUACUCAGCCUUGUAAAUAAAUACUUUGGAAUAGAAA